AUGUUUAAUUUUAGAAAAAAUCUUGUCCAAAUAGAACCUAUUCAAAUCGAGGACCUCCUGUUUUGUUGUUAUUGUCAGAUAUUGUUUUCAAAAAGAUAUAAUUCAUUCCAGCAACAUAUUAAAAUAUAUACAGUUCAAAUGUCAGCAGAAUCUCCUCAAAGAAACUUAAGAUCAAAUACCAAGGAUAUUAGAAGACGUAAAUCCAUUCAUGAAAAUGAGCCAGACAUGAGAGAUAAAUCACCAUUCGUACAAUCUCAAUAUCAAAAGGAAUACAGCAAAUCGCCAGUCCGAAAGGAAAAUUUGUAUCCAGAUUUAAAGCAUUUGAUAAAUGAAAGUGUUGAUGAUAUAACUAAUGAAGACCAUAUUGAAGAAGAGAGUUUGGAACAUCUGGACAUAAGUGUAUCGAUUGAAUGUCAGAAAACAAGUUACAUGCCAGUUGUGCUUAGUUCAGUAUUAUUUGUUGUAGUAGCUGUAUUAUUUUGGUUAACAUUAAGUCUCGGAAACGACCAAAAAUCUUUUGCACAUAGAGAACUUAUCAACUGUUCACAAUUUAAUGAUUUAAAAGCAAAAUAUCCUCAACAGAAUGCAAAAAUUUUCAAUUCCCUUAGAAUUUCGAUUGAGGGAGUUUUUAAUAGAAACUCUAGACCUGCAGUUUUUACGUUUUUCUCUACAGAUCAAAAAAUUCUUCAUGAUUUAAUGAGCGAUGUUGUGUACAUGACGCAAAACUGCAUAAGGCAAUCGUAUGAACCAAUAAAUUUGACAUAUUCAGAUUUAAAUAAAGAAAAGUUUCUCAACGAUUACACAAAAAUCAUUGGAGAAUAUAAGAAUGAACUAGAGAAAAGAACUAUUCUGGUUAUUAAUAACUUGGAUGAAUUUUCUCCAAAAAUUGUUCCAUCGCUGCAUUCAUUCACAGACACUUACAAUCCAUUAGUUCAAAAAUCCAUCAUAUACCUUUCAAUUCGAGUGCCUCAAAAGCCGAACAAUCCAGCAGAUUAUAUAUUUACUCAUUUACAACACAAAUGGAAUGAAUUGUCAACCAAUAUUAAAAAUCCUCUCAUUGCACGAGUUUUAGAUCAAACGUUUUUCCUGGAACCAAGCUACUAA